AUGGCCUCAAACGAAAAUGAACGUGAGACUUGGGUUGGAAAACUCGAUUUUAUUCUUGCAUUGAUCGGGUUUUCUGUUGGUCUAGGUAACAUUUGGCGCUUCCCUUACCUGUGCUUCAAGAAUGGUGGAGGAUGUUUCCUUAUCCCAUACCUGAUCUGCUUGGUGCUUGCGGGAGUUCCCAUCCUUAUCCUGGAGGUUUCUCUGGGACAGUUUACCAGUCAGGGAGGUAUCACAGCAUGGAAGAUUUGCCCUUUGUUUCAAGGUAUUGGAUAUGCCAGUGUUGUCAUAGUCCAGUUUCUCAACAUUUACUACAUAGUUAUCCUUGGCUGGGCUUUGUUUUAUUUGUUUGCAUCAUUUACUUCCAAACUACCAUGGUCUCACUGUGAUAAUCCAUGGAAUACACCGCAGUGUGUAGAUUUAAGUGGUGCUGGCCCAAGUUCUUCAGACAGUAAUGGACAGAAUGUUUCUACAGUGGGAAUGCUGAAUGCAACUUUAAAUGUUACAUCCAAUGCCACUCUUCAAAAAGUUUCUUCCAGCCAAGAAUAUUUGGACUAUCGAGUUCUGCGCAUAAGUGGUGGUCUUGAUGAACCAGGAAUAAUAAACUGGGAUCUUGCUUUGUGUCUGCUUCUUGGUUGGAUUAUCUGUUACCUUUGUGUAUGGAAGGGUGUUAAGUCUACUGGCAGAGUUGUGUAUUUUACUGCAACUUUUCCUUAUGUGUUGCUGACCAUAAUAAUGUUUCGUGCGGUAACACUUCCUGGAGCAGGAGAAGGAAUCAAGUUUUAUCUCAAUCCAAAUUUCACUCGGCUAGCUGAUGGUCAGGUAUGGCUAGAUGCUGGAACCCAGGUUUUCUUUUCAUACUCUAUUGGUCUUGGAACACUUAUAGCACUAGGAAGCUACAACAAGUUUAGAACAAAUUGCUACAGGGAUUGUAUCAUAUUUGCUUGUGUUAAUAGUGGGACUAGUUUGUAUGGAGGAUUUGUCAUUUUUUCAAUUCUGGGAUUUAUGGCACAGAAACAGGGAGUGCCAGUGGCAGAAGUAGCUAAAUCAGGUCCUGGUUUGGCAUUUGUUGCUUACCCUGCAGCAGUGGCAGAGAUGCCAAUUGCCCCUUUGUGGUCCAUCCUGUUCUUUUUCAUGGUGAUCUUACUAGGACUUGAUAGUGAGUUUGUUGGAGUGGAAGGUUUUGUGACAGCCAUUGUGGACUUGUUUCCUCAUUAUUUAAGAUGUGGUUACCGCAAGGAAAUCUUCAUUGCUAUAUGCUGUUUUUUCUGGUUUUUGAUUGGUCUGUCAAUGGUUUCCGAGGGUGGAAUGUAUGUAUUCCAGUUAUUUGACACAUAUUCUGCCAGUGGUAGUGCUCUACUGUGGGUCUCACUCUUUCAGAGUAUUGCUGUUGGCUGGGUCUAUGGUGGAGACAGAUUCUAUGAUAACUUGGAGUCCAUGAUUGGAUUUCGCAUCAACCCUUGGAGCAAAUUGUGUUGGAAGUUUCUUACACCACUUUUCUGCCUGGCCGUAUUUAUAUUCAGCCUGGUGACAUACAAGCCACUGGAGUACAAUAAUUUUAAAUACCCUGUUUGGGGGCAAGUGAUUGGUUGGUGUAUGGCUUUUGCAUCAAUUCUAUGCAUUCCUGUUUACAUGAUUGUGAAGCUUUACUCUACUGAAGGAACUUUAGGAGAGCGUUGGAAGAAGCUCACUACAUCUGCAAUUUCAAGAAGUGAAUGUCAAAGUGAAGAUAACCAGCAAAAGGAAAAGGAAGGAGGAAAUGAUCUUGUGUUGUCUUCCAUGUAGAUGACUGUUCAUAGUUAGCUAAUAAUAGAGUGACAGUAUGAUAAUCUUUUAACU